AUGCCACCACGAGACUUCAACCCCAGUGACAUCUACUGGCUGGAAAAAAGAACAUUUUUGGAGACCUUGGGAUACCGCUUGCGGCCCAAAUAUCAACCCGACUACGUCCCUGAUUUCGCCACACGUUAUGAUGACUACUGGGCAGCACAUUUUGGUUAUCCGAUCAUGGACGCUCACCGGGUCUUUGAUGACAAACCUGUUAUUUUGAAACUCAUUUCCACUCGUGUCCACCCACACGAGGUUGAAAUAGCACGCUUCUUCUCAUCUCAACCCAUUGCUGACGACCCAAGAAAUCAUUGUGUCCCUAUCCUCGACGUUCUUCAAGAUCCCAACGACACAGACAAGCAAAUCAUCGUGAUGCCUCGUCUCGUCAAGUUCGAUCAGCCCGAAUUCCAAACAGUGGGCGAGGUGAUCGACUGCUUUAGGCAACUAUUCGAGGGACUGGAGCUUAUGCAUGAGAACUUCGUGGCUCAUAGAGAUUGUUGGCGGUAUAAUAUUGCUCAAGAUCCCACUCUACUCUUUCCAAAAGGCUUCCACCCCGUAUGGACCGACAGAGACCCUUCAAACAAGCAUCCCGCCUACCACCUCACUCGGACCGAAUGCUGGCCGCGCUACUUUUUCAUCGACUUCGGCCUAUCACGGCGCUAUGAUCCCUCUAAUGGACCACCACGUGAGCCCAUUAUUCGUGGAGGGGACAGAUCUCCUCCAGAACACCACACGAAUCUGGCCUGCAACCCGUUCCCCACGGAUAUAUACUUUCUGGGCAAUCUUCUCAAAACGCAAUUUCUCUAUUCCAGAAGGCUCGGUAAGAGACAGCAUGUGCUUUUGUCCUCUCUCGGCUUUUUAAAGCCUCUGGUCGAUGCUAUGGUGCAGCCAGGCCCUGCUCUGCGGCCCACGAUUGGUGAAGUCAUACAAAGAUUCGAUAAGUUAUGCAGUAGUCUGAGUGAAUUUCACCUGGGCCUUCCUGGCCGAGCGCAUAGAUUCCACUUCGGACUUUUCUUCCGUCAAAUAACACGGACCUUGAAACGCGUACCACCUCUCCCAGCGUCUAGUCAGCGUCAUGAUAGGCAGAUUCCUGCAGGGUCUAUGCGCGAAUUUUUCACACAGGAUCGCGAAAGCAUAUCAGAUGGACGGUCGUUGUUGCUGCAUUAG